AUGGACGUGAUCGUCCCGGACCGCUCGCAGCGGGUGAUGCCGGAGGCGGAGAUCGAGAAGCAGGAGAACGACGAGGCCGCGGAGGGCGACAUGGAGUCGGACCCGGCGCGAGGGGGGCAGCUGCAGGCGCCCCCGCCGGAGAGGUGGCAGGAGGAGCUGACGGUGCGUGGGCUGGUUGCCGCGCUGCUGAUCGGCUUCAUCUACACCGUCAUCGUCAUGAAGAUCCUGCUCACCACGGGGCAGGUGCCGACGCUCAACGUCUCGGCGGCCCUGAUCGCCUUCCUCUCGCUCCAGGGAUGGACGCGGCUGCUCGACCGCCUCGGCGUCCCGUGCCGCCCCUUCACCCGCCAGGAGAACACCGUCGUCCAGACCUGCGUCGUCGCCUGCUACACCAUCGCGUUCGGCGGUGGGUUCGGGUCGACCUUGCUGGGCCUGAACAAGAGGACGUAUGAGCAGACCGGGGACUCGGCGGGCAACGUGCCGGGGAGCUGGAAGGAGCCAGGGAUUGGCUGGAUGACGGGAUUCCUCUUGGCUGUCAGCUUCGGUGGGCUCCUCACCCUGAUUCCCCUCAGAAAGGUUUUGGUCAUUGACUACAAAUUAACUUACCCAAGUGGUACUGCAACUGCUGUUCUUAUAAACGGGUUUCAUACCACUCAGGGAGACAAGAAUUCGAAGAAACAGAUCCAUGGAUUUCUAAAAUACUUUGGGCUGAGCUUUUUCUGGAGCUUCUUCCAAUGGUUCUACACUGGAGGGGAUGUUUGUGGAUUUGUUCAAUUCCCUACACUCGGUCUAAAGGCUUGGAAACAAACCUUCUUCUUCGACUUCAGCGCCACAUACAUUGGUGCCGGAAUGAUUUGCCCGCAUAUAGUGAACAUCUCCACCCUCUUUGGUGCAAUUAUUUCAUGGGGACUAAUGUGGCCACUCCUCAGCAAAAGGAAGGGAGAUUGGUACCCUGCAAAUGUACCGGAAAGCAGCAUGAAAAGUUUGUACGGUUACAAGGCCUUCAUAUGUAUAGCUCUUAUCAUGGGGGAUGGUGUCUACCACUUCACAAAAAUUAUUGGCAUCACUUCUAAGAGCAUGUAUCGACAAUUUAACCGCAAACGAGUUGACAACAGAGUGGCAAAUGUGGACAGUGCGAUUGCACUUGAUGAAUUGCAACGGGAUGAGGUCUUCAAAAGGGGCCAUAUAUCAUCUUGGAUGGCAUACACCGGGUAUGCCUUGUUAAGCGUACUCGCGGUGAUUACCAUGCCAAUAAUGUUCCGACAGGUGAAGUGGUACUAUGUAAUUUUAGCCUAUGCCUUUGCUCCCGUGCUUGGGUUUGCCAAUUCCUAUGGAACUGGGCUCACUGACAUCAACAUGGGCUACAACUAUGGCAAGAUUGCUCUCUUUGUCUUUGCGGUGAGAAAUGUGGACAAUACGAUUGCACUUGAUGAAUUGCAACGUGUCGAGGUCUUCAAGAAGGGACAUAUAUCAUCUUGGAUGGCAUACACCGGCUAUGCCUUGUUAAGCGUGGUUGCAGUGAUUACCAUGCCAAUAAUGUUCCGACAGGUGAAGUGGUACUAUGUAGUUAUAGCCUAUGCCUUAGCUCCCGUGCUUGGAUUUGCCAAUUCCUAUGGAACGGGGCUCACUGACAUCAACAUGGGCUACAACUAUGGCAAGAUUGCUCUUUUUGUGUUUGCGGGUUGGGCAGGAAAGGAUAACGGUGUCGUUGCUGGCCUUGUUGGUGGUACAUUGGUGAAACAGCUAGUUCUUAUCUCUGCCGAUCUAAUGCACGACUUGAAGACGAGUUAUCUCACAUUAACAUCCCCAAGAUCCAUGCUUGUAGGACAGGCCAUUGGGACAGCCAUGGGCUGCAUCGUCUCGCCUCUCACAUUUAUGCUCUUUUACAAGGCAUUUGAUAUUGGUAACCCAGACGGUUAUUGGAAGGCACCGUAUGCACUUAUAUAUCGUAAUAUGGCACUACUUGGUGUGGAGGGCUUCUCGGUGUUGCCAAAGUAUUGCCUAGAACUCUCCGGUGGAUUCUUCGCAUUCGCAGCACUCUCUAGUAUAGCAAGGGAUGUCCUGCCACAUAAGUAUGGGAUGUAUGUGCCCCUACCUAUGGCAAUGGCUGUUCCAUUCCUUGUCGGUGGGAGCUUUGCUAUUGAUAUGUGCAUCGGGAGUUUGGUGGUCUUUAUCAAGGAAAAACUAAACAAGAAAGAGGCCGGAUUUAUGGUACCUGCCAUUGCAUCCGGAUUGAUAUGCGGGGAUGGCAUAUGGACAUUCCCUUCUUCCCUGCUUGCCCUUGCCAAGAUUAAGCCACCAAUUUGCAUGAAGUUUACACCUGCAGGCUAG